CAAUUUUCUGUUUCCCCAGAAGCACCUAACAUACAUUGAUUGUAUUUUAAGCAACAUGGCCUAUUAAUUCAUAUUUAUAUGACCUUUUUUUCUCUUUGCCUUUCUGUUUUGGCUUCUUUAAUCUAAUUGGUAUAGAAUAGUGUUUUAGAAAGAGUGUCUAGCAUUUUGAAUAAAUAUGUGAUCCAAGUCCAUGAAUAGGCCAGAUUGUUAUGGGGUGGUUGGAUUCACUGUGGGGAAGAGGACGAAAGUUUAUUAAAAGGAAAGACAGUGAUGCUGGCGAUGCAGGUAAAGCACUGGAAGAACUCAGAGCUUCUCUCUACAAUGAGAUCCGAACAUCAGAAGGAGCCAAGCGCCAACAGCAAAGAUAUUGUGGACCAGUGGUGGCACUGUCCUUCAAUUUUAUGGUUUCUGUUGGGAUUAUCAUGGCAAACAAAUUGGUGAUGGGUAAAGUUGGCUUCAACUUUCCAAUUUUCCUCACAUUUGUACACUACAUCACUGCAUGGCUUCUCCUUGCCAUUUUCAAGACACUCUCAGUGCUUCCUGUGUCCCCUCCAUCUAAAACAACUCCAUUCUCUUCUUUAUUUGCACUUGGUGUUGUUAUGGCCUUUGCCUCUGGCCUUGCAAACACCAGCCUCAAGUAUAACAGUGUUGGUUUCUACCAAAUGGCUAAGAUUGCUGUUACCCCAACGAUUGUUCUUGCGGAGUUCAUUCUUUUUGGAAACACCAUUGAUUUUAAAAAGGUUUUGGCUUUGGCUGUCGUGUCAGCAGGUGUAGCUGUUGCAACUGUAACAGAUUUAGAGUUCAACUUAUUUGGUGCUCUAAUUGCAAUUGCAUGGAUAAUCCCAAGUGCCAUAAAUAAGAUUUUAUGGUCUACUUUACAACAGCAAGGCAACUGGACAGCUCUGGCAUUGAUGUGGAAGACAACCCCGAUCACAGUUUUCUUCCUCGGGGCAUUGAUGCCGUGGAUAGAUCCACCAGGAGUCCUAUCCUUCAAGUGGGAUGUGAACAACUCAACUGCAGUUUUUGUAUCUGCUCUCCUUGGUUUUCUCUUGCAGUGGUCAGGGGCAUUGGCAUUGGGGGCCACUUCUGCUACAACCCAUGUUGUUUUAGGACAGUUUAAAACAUGUGUGAUUCUGUUGGGAGGGUAUCUAUUAUUUGAGUCAGAUCCUGGGGUUGUGAGUAUUGGUGGUGCUGUUGUUGCUCUCUCUGGGAUGUCAGUUUACACGUCAUUGAAUUUGCAAGAGCCUCAGGAGCCUUCAUCGAAGCCGAAAUCAACAAGUGAAGACACCAAAUCCACAGAUUCAAAUGUAAAUACUACUACCACUACCACUACCUCUACCACCAUUGUCUGUGUCAUAUAGUAGAUGAUGAAUCAUGAAUACAAGAACAUCCCAUUUUUCAGACACUCAUCUUAAGUCCUUGGUUUUAGCAAUUAGCGAAACUUUAUGUAUAGACAGUAAUGGAAAUUCGUUGAGAUUUUUUAAGGGUAGCUUGCUUUUCACAAAGUUC